AUGGAAUCUUGGAGCUAUGUCCCUGAAGAAAAGGAGUGUGUCUCCAAUGAGGCACUAUCCCCUCCCAACACUCUCGGGAGGAACAAAAAUUCUUUCUUGGGCUGGGAACUCAAAACCCCAUGUGGUUUUUCCAACGACAUGUUGGGUUUGGGUCAGCACACCAUUGAAAAUCAAGGUUUUGAGGAAUUGGGUUUUCCUGAAAUGUUGGGGAAACACUUGUCCGAUGAUCUAAUUGCCAGUGUUCCAAGCAGAAAGCUGGAUGCUAGUAGACAACACCAACAUCAACACCAACACCAACACAGUGACAGAAUCACUGGCACUGUUGUGGAUGCCCCAAGUGGCUUUUCUCAAAGAGGGGACUCAAUUUCCAAGCUUUCAAACUCAAAUUCCCUCAUUGAUUUGAAACUGGGUCGAUUUGCUGACCAUGGAGAUGCCACUGAUCCGGGGUUUUCCAAAAUUUUGUCGUCUUCUGAGUCAUCAACGCCUCCUAAGAGAGUGAGAGCUUCAGGGAUUCACUCUCAGACUGCAUAUUGCCAAGUCUAUGGCUGUAACAAGGAUCUCAGCUCCUGUAAAGACUACCACAAGAGGCACAAGGUGUGUGAGGUUCACUCCAAGACUGCCACCGUUAUAGUCAAUGGUAUUGAGCAAAGGUUUUGCCAGCAAUGUAGUAGGUUUCAUUUGUUGGCUGAAUUUGAUGAUGGUAAGCGAAGCUGCCGUAAACGCCUUGCAGGUCAUAAUGAGCGUAGAAGAAAGCCACAAAUGGGGAUUCACCCCGGAAAGUCUGGGAGGUUGCUUCAGCCAUGUGGGGAUAGCAGAUUCCAGGGAACCAUGCUAACAUCAUCUUUUAUCCGCCCAGAGAUGCUUCCUAGUGGGGUCAUGUGUUCUGAGAAAUAUGCUAUGAGUGGCUUCUGGAGACCUAUCAAAGCAGAACACGGGGCUGGUUUUAGGAAUCUUUCUUCUGUGCCUGUAUCCAAUGGGAAUCCUCAGUCAAGAUCUUUAUUUCCAUCAUAUAACGGAAAACAAUUUCCUUUUCUUCAUGAAAAUGGUGCAACAUCCACCACAGGAAGCAUCUUCUAUGAGAGCACUAACCACUAUCCACCUGCCCUCGGGGCACAAAAUUCUGGGUUAAGACCACUAUUCCAGGAUACCAUAGGAAAUGAGGACUUCAAUGUUUUUGAUACAGCAUCAACUGUUCAAGGAUUAUCGGGGAUUUCAGACUCUUGUUGUGCUCUCUCUCUUCUGUCAUCUCAAUCCCAGAACUCUUCAAGCCAAUCAUCAGGAAUUCCCUUGGCCCACUCCUUGGUUAUUCCAAGCAGUCAUGGCCAUCACUACAACAUGAGUCAGGUCUCUGAAAAGAUAGGAAUAAGCUCACAGACUUCUUCAAGCCGAGUGUCAGAUAGUUUUCCUUCAGAACUAAAUCAUGCAGAUGGAAGUCAUCUCAGUCCUGUAUUAAUAUCAGACAAUAAUGAUAUUGUAAACUUUGAUAUGGCAGAUGGUAUCUUCCAUGGUUCAGAAUUCAUGAAUGUGAAGGAUCGACUUUCCUGCGAAGAUAGUGCAACCAUCGACUUGCUACAAUUGUCAUCACAGCUUCAGCGAGUUGAGCAUGAGAGGCAAUCUUUGCAGGUGAAGCAAGAGAAUGAUUCUUCCUGCACUCUGCGGAUUACAUAA